AUCGAAAAGUUUUAAAUAAAAUUCAAAGUGUUUGCUCACCCGCUCAACUAGAAUAUAUCACUAAGCAUAUAAUGUGCUGGAAUCAUGCCAUGAAGUAAAGAAAAAAGAGAUGAUACGUAUUAUUUAUUUUUAUUAAACUUGGUUUACUUUCUUUAAUGGUUUUAUAUGGUUAAAUAUGACGUUUAAUUUUUAUUAAUCUAUUUCCAACUGCAAGUUUGACAGCUAUGUCAACAAAGCCUUUAACAAGUUAUCUUUAUUUUGCAUCCUAGCCACAUUUAGCUAUUUUAAAUAUAGAACAGCUAUUAAUAGAACAGUAAACAAUUGUCAUUUAAAAUUAACACGGCCGACAUUUCUACGCUGCAACGUGUCUCAGGUGUGGCGACGGCAUUUGAAAUACAUUACAAUUACGCGUAAGAAAAAAAAAACUACAUUCAUACGAGUAUGCCAGGUGAAUGUGCCAUAAAGGAAUUACGCUGACGUGUCCUUACCGUUAGGCAAGCUCCGUUAAUCCUGUGUUGUUGGGGUUAUUCUAAUACGAACGCAUUGCUGUAUAGCAAUAUCUGUGCUCUUUGAUCUACAUACAUAUGUAUAACGGGUGACCCCAGCUCACAUGUUUAGUCCACUAUUUGUUUCACUUUAUAAGUAUAGUGUGCCAUAAUUUUAGGGCCGGCGGGUGGUGUUUCCGUCGCCUUUAACUCAAGUAGAAAUGCAAAAAUAAUAAUAAUAACAGAAAACGUUGCAUUCAUUCAGUUUUCGGCGGUGCAACACGACGCUCGCUUUCUAUCGGUAUCGGCCAACUCAAAUUUCGUCGCGCCAGCGUCGGCGUCGUCGUCAUCGAGAGCCGAAACCAAAAUCAAACGGGACCUCCUGUCAAAAGGGAACGUUAUGUUUAUUAUUUGUCUGCGCUUGAGAGUAACGAGUCGCAAUUGUAAACAAACAAAAUUAUGCUUAAUUGCCCAGUUCGCGGGAAACGCAAGAAAAAAACCUAAAGUUAUCGUGGAUGGGCAAGUUGGAACGAGCAGUGCGAAGCUUGCCAAGUCCAAUGUAAACAAAAAUCAGAUUUCCAAAUCGGAGAGCCUGCAAUUGAAUUAGCUUCGCUAUUAAAUGAGAGUUUGUUGUAAACAUUGAUAAGUGCUAUAAAAGACAAACGCAUGGAGUCGCAUGUGAGCAGUCGUCAAACGGAUAUGGCGGCGGACGAUUCAAAGUUUGAGUCAGAGGCAGAGUCUGAUUCGAGCCAUGAAACAAAUAAUGGAGAGCUACCAGACCUGGAGCAAAUCAAGGAAGAUGAUAAUUCUGCGCAAGAGUGUAACAAGGCGAAGGAGAGUCGGCUGAAAGAGCGUGAGGAGCGACCACUUGUUCUGGAGGAAAGGCACUCACUCUCUAUAGCCGAGACAAAGAAGCGUCGGGCCAACGUCUACUCCAAUGAGAAUCUGUUUAUACCCAAAGAGUUGGCUCGGGGUAAGCUCUAUCUGCGCAAAUAUCAGUCUUUGGAUCAAAUUAGUAAAAACACUGAUUACUGCAUGAGAAUGCUCAAAUUUCCGGUUGGAUCGGGUCGAGCGCGUUACGUAGCCCAACAAAUGAAGAGAAAAAAAACAAAGAAAUUAAUGGAAGUUCCAAAAGAACUACCCGACGAGGCAACGUCAAAAGAAAAAUGCGAGAUCUCAGUCGACAGCAGCAAUGAAGAGUUGUACAUCAAGCAGGAGCCGAACGAAAGCCCAGAGAGAGAUAAGUUUGAUGAUUUGAACCAGGCUCUUAGCAUGCCCAACCUCAACUUGGAGCAUACGAAUAGAAAUCAGCUGCACAGUGAUGACGAGGGCUGCAUCAUACUGGAAGAGAUACUCAAUUCGUCUUUGACCGACUCCAAAGAGGAUGGCACCGAGGAGUUCAUAGAGGUCGUCUCCAGUCGUCAACUUAGUCAAACUACGAGCUUAGAGUUAAAGCCCAAGAGCGAAGAUGAGCCACUGGACAAGCAAGAGCCACUGGUGGACAAGCCAGAGCCGUUCAAAAUGCCACUCUUACGUUGGCACAAUCCGGACGGGAAUGAGCAGGAUAUCAAAAUGGGAGUUGUGGAGGAGCUGGAGCAUAUGAGUUUGUCGGCCAAUGUGGGCUUCAAUGGGGUAACAACAGCGGCCGCAGUUCAUGUGGAGCAACGAGAGGAGCAGCUCAAUGGACAGUUACAGAAUUUGUCAGAUGUGUCUCUAGACGAAUUCCAGAUACUAGAAAGAAUGAAACAACAGCAACUGGAGCAUACAGAAGAUACAAAGCUACAACAACAAUGGUACGAUACUGCUACAGAGCAACAAUGUGAAGAGCUAGAAGAGUCGUCGCAGCAGCAGUUGCCAGCUGAAAGUAUGCAAUAUAUUCCUAAUGGGCAGUAUGCAAUGCCCACUGAGCGAGUCACAACCUCAAGUUAUGCGUCCAGUGAGACGCCACACCUGAUGCCAGGCACUGUCCUGCCGCCCCUUUAUCCUGGCAGCCAAUUGCAAUCUACUAUCGUCAACAACAAUCUGUUGUCAAAUGAAAAUAUGCAACAACAUAUUAUAGAGCGAGCCGAUUAUAUGCAGCAUUGGAAUAAAGAUAGCUGCGAUAAGUAUGAUUACUCGCAGCCAACUGUACAGCCACAGUUGUUACAUAACUGGCAGCAGCAGCAGCAGCAGCAACAACAACAACAACAGUUACAUGACUGGCAGCAGCAGGUGGAGGCGGAAGCGCAGGCGCAAGCUCAGGCUCAAGCGCAAGCGCAAGCUUUGCAGUUACAGCAGCAGCAAAAUUACUUUCAAAAGCAAUAUUUGGAAGCAGGUCAAAAGGAGUUGAGCCAACUUAAUGCACAAUAUCAGAAACUGAAAGGCCAUGAGGAUAAGCAGCUCAAGGAAUUUAGCAAGGCACUCAAGGAGAUCCACGCGAAUCGGCUGAUUUGUGAACGCGAACAUGCUGACUAUCAUAGAAAAUUCAUGAUUAAAAUGAUCGAGAGCAAAAAGCAAGAGGAGACUAUUCAGGCCCAUAAGAACGAAAUAAAAAGGCAGCUGGAUGCUGAACUAAAUAGCCUGCAAGAGCGCAUUGCUAAAAAGCAGCACCAGUUGCAGGAAUGUUCGCGGUCAUUGCAAUGGCAGCGACAACAAUACGAAUACCAGCAGCAACAACAACAGCAGCAACAGAUGCAGCAGCAGCAGCAACAGCAACUCGCAUUCAGUCAACAACAACAAGUACAACAGCCUUUCCUUCCACGUUUGCCGCCACCCGCCUAUCAGCCGCGUUUGCAAUGCUUUCAGGAUGCAUUUGCACAGUGCGUAACCAGGUCCAUGUCGCCAGGUUCACAGCUGAAGGGACAGCGCCGACUCUUGCCAGCACCGUCGCAAGUUGUCUACAUGCAACCUCCGGUGGCAGUGCGCUCAAAUGAAUUCCAAUCCUACAGCGAUAGCAUUCUGCCACAUCGACACACUCUGGACAGAUGCAGCACUCCGCAUCCACUUCAAUCCACAUCGAAUGGCCUUGUGAAUCCUUGCAGAACAAACUACCCAAGCUUUGCUACGGCAACAACCACAAGCAAUAUAAUGGCAACUGGCCAUCAUGUUACGCUGACUGAAACGCCGACUCCUGGUGGCAGGAGCCAGUUGAAUCCGGCAAUUGAACAAACUGCGAUAACGUCCAUUAUGAGCAACUAUGUCUCCAAUUAUCUGAACGAUAUGGAGUCGAAUAAUUCCUAACUAUAGACUAAUUAUAGCUAAUUACUCUGUUUAUUUGUGAUCUGUUGUUUAUGCUAUAAGUGCUUUGAAUGAGAGCAGUGUUCCUAUUACAAUUAUUAUUGCGAGUAUUUUUAUAUAUGUGUACAUAAAUGUAUGCAUAUAUAUAUAUAUUUAUGUUACUAUUAUUUUAAGCAUUAGCUGUGGUCUUUGAUUUACUUAUAUUUUGUUACAGAUAUUCACACUUUGAUAGCUUUUUCCAUUCAAUCAAUGCUUGACAGCAGUCGAUUAAGGUAAUAAAUAAUAAAAUAAAUCACGUUUAGCUUGAUGAACAAGAUAAA